AUGGGAUUUCCGUCGACGCCACUUGAAGCUAAACAAGCUUUGGGAAUCUCAUCCGCCAUUAAUGCGGUUUCGGCAGGCCUUCGAGCGGGCAGUCCUAUGCUCUCGGCCAGCUAUGAGCCCCAAUUCUCGUUUGCUCGAUGUAUCGAACAAUGGAAAGGAAAAGAAAUCACAAGAUGGAUUGAAGGUCUCGGCGAUCAAAUGCAUCCAUAUUUAGGCUUGAUUCGUGAAAAUAUAAAGUGUGGAAAACAACUAGAAGCACUCGACGAUGAUUCACUCAAAAAGAUGGGAAUUUCUGCUCUUGGAGCAAGAAAAACUAUUCUACAAGCUGUAACUCUUCUUCUAUAUUUUUGUUAUGAAUCUGAGCAAGAAAACUUGCAACGACUGGCACAACAAGUCAAAACUUCGUGCUAUUACGUCGAAAGAACAAUGACAGCAGCAAUGCGAAUGCGUGAAAAAGCGAUUCGUCGAUCGGAAAUCGUCAAUAUUUUGAAUAGUGUAUCAAAUGCAGUUCUUCAACUCGCCGAGCACACGAAACGACUCGUUUUUUGGCUUGAUCGAACUCCAUUUGAUGAAGAAGAAGAAUUUAAAGCUGUUCGAAACAGCAUUUCUUCAUUUAUGUGGAAUCUGCUACGAAAUGUGAAUGUUCAACCAAAAGCAUUGUUCGAGACUGGAAGUCAGAUCGUUCGUAUGAGCAAAGAACUCGCCUACGAAUCACAAAAAAUCGUUGACUGUGAAGAUCCGAUAGUCUUAUACGCAUGUUUCGUUGAGACGGCUCAACUUCGAAGGAGAUCAGGCACUAUUAACUGGGGUCUCAACAUACAAUCGUCAUAUCGAGGUGUACAUGUCAUCAGUGAAAUUAAAGAAGGCUCUCCAGCUGAUGCUUGUACAAAAAUCGAUGCGGGGGAUGAGAUUCUGAUGAUUAAUGGAAGAACUUGUGUUGGUUGGGAUCUAACAAGUGUUGUUCAACGUAUCGGAGACGCAGAUGUUACUGAACUUUCAUUAGUUAUAAAACGACGACCUCGAGAGCCGCAACUACCGAAACAAUCUAAACUUGCUGCUCGCGCACUUGCUCCGUCCAGUCAAGCUGCAAAAACUUAUUCCACUGAUGAUUAUGAUCCGUUUGGACAAUCUGAACCUCUGAAAAGGCAUCGUAGUUGUCAUGUAAUAUCAGAAAUUAUUAAAGAAAACGAGAGGAGAAUAAGGACAAGUCGUCGUCUCGCCCGUCGUUCUUCAAUAGCAUCUGCGUGUCCCCGAAAAGAACGGAGAAAUAUGGAAGAACCAUCUUUAGAUGAAGACGAAGAUGAUUGGGAUGUUCAUGGAUACAUUCGCGACGUUGACGGCGAAGAAGAGGCUCUCGUGCCACGUAUAGCAAAGAGAACUCGCACGAUGCGUCAUCAACCGGAUGGUUAUGUUCGAAGUUUCAUAGAUAAUAAAUUAGUUACUGACAUAGAAGAUGACGUCGUAAACGAUCAGUUAACAUUCAAUGUAAAAUGUCCUAGUGAAUUUGCACAAAUUAAAGAAGUAGACAAAGAAGAGCUGAAAAUACUGAAUUUGCCCGAAGCGAAAGUAUCAGAUGAGGAAUGGAGAGCUCCAUAUCAGGAGUUUUCUGGACCAAGUUUUCGUGCUGUCGGUGAUUCGAAUCUUUCUGCGUUCAGUCUUGAUUCACCAAGGUUACUCCCUGUUUCGAGUCGAAUGAACUCAUCAGUCGACGAUUCCACCUUUGGCGUUCUUCCGAGUCCAUCAACAUCUUCAAUGAAUAGUGUCAGUAGUCCUGCCCCAUUCGGAAAGUUUCAAAUGAGUACAAGUCAAACGGAAUGGUCACCAAACCCUGACGAUCUACCUGGUUCACCUCUUACUGCCGCCCAUUCAUCAAUGGAUAAAUUAUUCGAAGGAUGGGUCAGAAGACGGAAAACUCGUGCGGAGUUGAGUGCAAAUGAAUUAACGAAUAAAUGGCCGAAAAUCUGGAUGUGUUUACGUGGUCACUACUUGCUUCUCUAUUCAAAUCAAAAUACGAAACGACCGGAAAUGACAAUAAAUCUAAUAAAAGCCACAAUAUCUGACUCUACGGAUUUGAAAACAUCAAAAAAGAACAUAUUUCGCAUCACUAGUCCUCCGCUGGACUAUCAUUUCUCAUGUUUCACUUCAUUGGACUGGAAAAAUUGGAUUCAAAAAAUGAAAAUGUCAAAAGAGAUAUAUUCGACAGCCGCUAAUCAGUCAAGAAUCAUGUCACAAUCUGUCUCCAGUUACAAUAAUGAUCUGUCCGACCAAAAUUUCUUCCUAGGACAACAUCAAAUGAGUACAAGUCAUCACGGAGAGCUCAGCACAUUACCACGUAUCCAAAACGGAAUGUCCUCUUCUAAAUCUGGGUCAUCUGGCUUCAAAUCCAAAUAA